CCCAUAGACUGCAGAAUGAGCCCAUGGAGUGAAUGGUCACAGUGUGAUCCUUGCCUCAAAGAAAUGUUUCGCUCAAGAAGCAUUGAAGCCUUUGGACAAUUUCAUGGGAAAAGCUGUGUUGAUGCUUUGGGAGACAGACAACGGUGUGUACCGACUGAGGAGUGUCAGGAGGCAGAGGACAACUGUGGGAAUGACUUCCAAUGUGGAACAGGCAGGUGCAUAAAGAGGCGACUUCUGUGUAACGGUGACAAUGACUGUGGAGAUUUUUCGGAUGAGGAUGACUGUGACACGGAUCCACGACCCCCCUGCCGUGACAGAGUGGUAGAAGAAUCUGAGCUGGGACGAACAGCAGGCUAUGGGAUCAACAUCUUAGGGUUGGACCCCCUGAACACACCUUUUGACAAUGAGUUCUACAACGGCCUCUGUGACCGGGUGCGGGAUGGAACCACUUUGACGUACUACCGCAAACCUUGGAACUUAGCUUUUCUGGCCUAUGAAACUAAGGCUGAUACAAAUCUCAGAAAUGAGAAUUAUGAAGAGGAGAUUCAAAUAUUCAGAAACAUCUUCCAAGAGAAGACCUCGAGUAUUAACGCAAACUUGGCUCUAAAAUUUACAAUCACUGAAGUAAAGUGCUGUUCACGGGUAAGAGGAGUUGACGACGUUUUUCCAGAAGGAAACUCUUCAAAACCUACAAAACAAUCUGAAAACUCUGAAGACUCUUCUGUUAAUUUUAAAUUUUCAUAUUUCAAGAGUGAAAAUUUUCAACGAUUAUCGACAUAUUUAUCAAGGACGGAAAAAAUGUUUCUGCAUGUGAAAGGAACAGUUCACAUGGGUAGAUUUGUGAUGAGAAAUCGGGAUGUGGUACUGACAACAACUUUCCUGGAUGAUAUCAAAGCUCUGCCAAAUUUCUAUGAAAAGGGAGAGUAUUUUGGAUUUUUGGAAACCUAUGGAACUCACUACAGUAGCUCUGGGUCUCUGGGAGGAGUCUACGAACUGAUAUAUGUCUUGGAUAAAGCUUCCAUGAAAGAUAAAGGUGUUGAAGUGAAUGAUAUAAAGAAGUGUCUUGGGUAUGAACUGGGUGCAUCUAUACACAUCCCUCUGCGUCCCGUCUCUGAUGGACCUUCACUCACAGCAGAUGUUAAUAAGACUGAUUGCUUAAAGACAGGCGAUGGGAAAAGAGUAAACAUCACUAGUGAAAACUUCAUAGAGGAUGUUAUUUCAUUCAUAAGAGGAGGGACCGGGAAACAAGCAAUCCUCUUAAAAGAAAAGCUUCUCAGAGGACACAAGGCAAUUGAUGUGACUGACUUUGUCAACUGGGCCUCAUCCUUGAAUGAUGCUCCAGCACUCAUUAGUCAAAAACUGUCCCCUAUACACAAUCUGGUUCCUUUGAAAAUGAAAGAUGCAUACAUAAAGAAACAGAAUUUGGAAAGAGCGAUAGGCGACUAUAUCGAGGAAUUCAGUGUUAAAAAAUGCCAUCCAUGUCAAAAUGGAGGUAAAGAAAUUCUUCUGGACGGACAGUGCCUGUGUUCCUGCCCACCCACGUAUAAGGGAAUUGCCUGUGAAAUCAAGCAACAAAAGCUGAAUUAA